AAUCAUGACAUAAAAUAUCAACCUCACAUACCCAAAAAAUGCUAGCCAAAACAAAUUAACUGAAAACUUAUACCGAAAAUGGAACCUUACACUUCGUAUUAUUCCUCAUUGGAAAUUCUCACACAACUUGUUAACACUAAAUUUUCAUCUAACCACCAUCUUUUUGUAAUGCUUUUGUUUGCAAGUUUAGCAACUUUUUACUUUGCAUGUAAAAGAAAAGUACACAUUUAUUUGAUAGAUUUUAACUGCUAUUGUCCUCCAAGUUCUUAUAGACUACCAAAAGCCAUGUUUGAAGAAAACAAUUUUUUUGAUCAAAUGGAACAAGAAGCUGUUGAUUUCCAAAGAAAGAUCAGUGCAAAAUCUGGAUUCAGUGAUGAAACAUCAAUUCCUCCAUCACUUGCUCAAAUACCCAAAAUUAAAGCUCUCACCUUUGCACUUGAAGAAGCUGAAACAAUCAUGUAUUCAACAAUUGAAGACCUUUUACAAAAAACAAAAAUCAACCCAAAAUCCAUUGACAUAUUAAUAACUAAUAGUAGCAUCUUUUGUCCUACCCCAUCACUUAGUUCUAUGGUGAUUAACAAGUUUAAGAUGAGAAGCAACAUUAUGAGCUUCCAUUUAUCAGGUAUGGGAUGCAGUGCUGGAAUUAUAGCUGUUGGUCUUGCAAAAGACUUGUUGAGAGUUCAUAGGAACUCAUUGGCUUUAAUAGUAAGCACUGAAACACUUAGUUUGAAUUGGUACACAGGUAAAGUUCCAUCUAUGCUACUUACUAAUUGUUUAUUCAGAAUGGGAGGAUCUGCUAUAUUGAUGUCUAGCAGAGUCCAUGAUAAGCAUAAGGCAAAGUAUGAGCUACAACAUGUUGUUAGAACAAUCAAUGCAUAUGAUGAUCAAUCGUAUGCGUGUGUGUACCAGGAUGUGGAUGCGGAGAACAAAGAAGGUGUAUUGAUAUCGAAGAGUAUAGUCAAUGUUUGUGGUGAGGUACUGAAGAAAAAUAUUUUUUCAUUGGGACCAUUGGUUUUGCCAUGGAGGGAGCAAUUUUUGUAUGUUAUUUCAAUUAUUUGUUACAAAGUAUGGAGUAGAAGAAUGAGUUUAUAUACUCCGAAAUUUAAUAGGGCUUUUGAGCAUUUCUGCAUACAUACAGGGGGGAGAGCUGUUAUACAAGCCAUUGAAAGAAACUUAAGGCUAAGGAAACAGGAUGUGGAACCGUCGAAAAUGACUCUUUACAGAUUUGGAAACACUUCAUCUUCUUCAACUUGGUAUGUGUUAUCUUAUAUUGAAGCAAAAGGGAGGAUGAAAUGUGGAGAUAGAGUUUGGCAAAUUGCAUUUGGAAGUGGAUUCAAGUGUAACAGUGCAGUGUGGAAAUGUCUAGGCGAUGUGAAGCCUGAUACUACCACUGCAUGGAGGGACACAAUUCACUCAUACCCAGUAGAUAUUUUGGGAACAAACUGAUAUAAAUUUUGAACAUUGUGUUGUACUUGUUGGACAUUGUCUGACUUGCAUGAAUGUUUAAAGAAAUAUUGCAUCUCUGCACAAAUGAUUUAGAUUGUAGUAUAAAUAAUUAUGGAAGUAUUAAUUUUUUUUGUUAUCAGAAUCACAUUUUCAAAUGAUUUUUUUUCCAGAAAUUAGAUAUUAAAAUUUAUCCAUAAUGUAAAAGACUAUUUUAGACUUUGUGCUUCCUGGCUACUUAAUCCUUUGGUUAGGCAAAUAUCCAAAAAAAAAAAAACUAAUUGUAAUAACAUUAAAGGCUUUGCUUGAAUGAAUAGACACACUGAUGAGCAUUGUCACAAA